UAUUUUCUUCUUUUACAGAUAAAUCUACGCCUGGCAAUAUGUUUCACCACGUAGUAUCAUAUAGACGGUCUCUUGUGUUGAUACUGUGUACGAUAUUGUUUUUGGAGACUCAAGCUGAUUCAGAUAUAUGCAAGAUAUGUACUUGCAAUUCACUUACAACGAGAAUAAAUUGUGCACGUCGCAAUUUACUAUCAAUUCCACAACCAAUUCCGACGAAUGUUGAAUAUUUAUAUCUUUUCGGGAACAACAUUUCAACCAUCAAAGAAGGUGUAUUCACGGGGCUUUCCAAUUUAAAAACAGUAGAUCUUUCCUACAAUAAAAUUUCAAGGAUUGAAAAGGAGAUGUUUCAAGGCCUUCACAGCUUAGAGGAAUUAGAUCUGUACGAGAACAACAUUUCAACCAUCAAAGAAGGUACAUUCACGGGGCUUUCAAAUUUAAAAGAAUUAUCUCUUGACAGCAAUAAAAUUUCAAGGAUUGAAAAGGAGAUGUUUCAAGGCCUUCACAACUUAGAGAAAUUAGAUCUGAGAUGGAACAACAUUUCAACCAUCAAAGAAGGUUUAUUCACGGGCCUUUCGAAUUUAAAGACAUUAGGUCUUCGCAACAAUAAGAUUUCAAGGAUUGAAAAAGAGAUGUUUCAAGGCCUUCACAACUUAGAGAAAUUAUCUCUUUCCUUCAAUAAAAUUUCAAGGAUUGAAAAAGAGAUGUUUCAAGGCCUUCACAACUUAGAGAUAUUUUACCUCGAAAACAAUAACCUUAUGAAGUGUGGAUGUCACUUGCCAGCCUUCGUUAAGUAUAUUAAAAAAGUCUAUAACAGAACUGUUGCUGUCUCUGGCACGUGUCAGGAAGGCUCAGGGAAACGAAUACCUAUACUGGAUUAUUCGCAAUGUCAAAAUUACUCGUUAUUUCAACGGAAUUUACAGUGUCAAACAUGUUCAGGAAUUAAAUGCAAUGAAUGAAGUGACAAGCUGUCCAGGAACAGAGCCUGUAUGCCGAUUCGCAAUAUCAAUGAACGGUGCUAAACUGAAGACUGAAAGGUCCUGCAGCACAUACAGAAAAUGUGUUGAAGCUAUGAGAAACAAUACCCUUACAUGCAAUAAACGGACGAAUGGCACGUCUUGUACUGGUUGUUGCGUCGGACACUUGU